GGGUGUGAGUGUAAUAAACCGCUUAUAGCGUUCCCAAAGUUCCCAUACGACCUAUCGUCGGAGCAAAAACGAUAAGGUGGAAGAGGCCCCAGGAACGAUUUGGAGUCGACCGUCGGACGCCAAGGACGCCGCUUAUUAACGCAAACAAUCCUUCCGGAAUUCCAACAGAGGCGAUUGUACAAGCGUCGUAGUCACCCAAGAACCCAAAGAGAAUCGUCGAAUCAGUGAAAAAUUCAAGAUUUCUAGGUAAUGUUGAGACCACCAGAUAAUCAUAUGAAAUUACAUUUUUUUUUCCAGGUAAUUUCCCUUUUUAAUUAGUCAUGGGUUCAUUAACUGCAACUACUGCGGCCAUCUCAACUCAGAUACCACCAGGUAUGCAAACAUAUUCAACCGGCUUCUUAACCAUGGGUGCAUUAACUGCAACUGUUGCUGUCAUCUCAACUCAGAAAUCACCAGCAAUAUUUGAUGGUCGCUUCAGGGGAUUGAAUAAGCGUACAGGGCCUUCUUAUGUACAUAUGUACCCGAAGCUUCAAAAUUUGAACAGUGGCCGGAUGAAGCUCCAGGUGAAAUGUUCCGGUAGAACGGUGCCUAUUACACAUGCUAGCCGGACUCAGUCAACUUCUUUGAUAUGCUCUGCAGCCCCGGGUGGAGCUGUGGAAACUCGUCCUGUCACAAUAAAGUCCCCAACUGAAGCUCCUAUCAUAGGACUAGUAAACACGCCAAAAUUAGAUGAUGGAGGGCCCGGAUUCCCACCUCGUGACGACGGAGGAGGCGGUGGAGGUGGUGGUGGCGGAGGAAGCUCAUCUGGGGGAUUCUUCCUCUUUGCCUUUCUUCUUUUCCUAAGCUAUCUAAAGGACCUGGAAGCUGAGAAGGAAAGUUGAGAAUUCGGCGAGGACAUGACAACAGUGGUGAGAGGUCUCCGAUUUGCCAAAAUUUUGAAGCUGCAACGAGUUAUUGAGUGCAUUAUUCUUUUCCCCUUGGAAAAUUACCAUGAAGCUUAUUGCAGAAAAUGCAAUCUAGUAUGUAUUGCUACCUUUUUGGUUUGCUUUACUGUUUUGUCUCACAGCAUCAGAGUCCUAGUAAUUUUAUUCAUUAGCUACAUAUACAUGCAAUUAGAUGGAAGCAAUAUUCUCGAGGAGCAACUGGGGGUUUAUGCAGCAUAGAAUUUAUGUGACAUGGACUCUCCUAGAACAAUAAAAUACUAGUGUCAACAUGAUAUAUGUAUAUGACAUAUUUAGUCA